ACGUUGAGAGUCUUAUUUUGAAAGUUCAGACCGGAAAUUGUUUGUGUAGCAGCCCGGUUAACGGACACUGCCCGGUAAUGAACCGUGUGCCUCCUUCUCGGUGAUUGAAGAUGGAGCAAUCAGAAGACCGGUCUGGUCAAGUAGCCUGUGUGGAGCAGGAAUCGACGCCGCCCUCUGUGGAUGUGGACACGGCUGUGUUUGUGCUGGGAGCCGGGGUGACGGCCAUCACACACCCGCUGCUCUACGUCAAGCUGCUCAUACAGGUGGGUCAUGAGCCUCUACCUCCGACAGUGGGCACGACCAUGUUUGGACGGAGAGUCCUGUACCUGCCCGGCUUCUUCUCCUAUGCACAUAGUGAAGGUGGACGGAAAGAGAGGACUCUUUCGCGGCCUCUCUCCUCGUAUCGUGUCCAGCACGAUCUCCACCGUGGUCAGGAGCAAAGUUAAACAGCAGGUGGAGCGUCUGUCAAAGAAAGAUGACAUGCAGAGUUCACUCAGGAAGGUGUUUCAAGAGACCUCACAGGAGAUGAUCAUCCAGUGCCUGUCCAGAAUAGCGACUCAUCCUUUUCAUGUCAUGUCGGUGCGAUGCAUGGCCCAAUUUGUUGGCAGGGAAGUCAAAUAUGGCGGCAUGUUCAGCUGUAUGGUGAAGAUUUUUAAAGAAGAAGGAGUCGCUGGAUUCUACGUCGGUAUAGUCCCUCACGUGUUGGGGGAAGUCCUCUUCCUGUGGUGCUGCAACCUCCUCGCUCACUUCAUUAACACCUACGCUGUGGACGAAAGUUUCAGUCAGGCCUCUGCAGUAAGGAGCUACACCAAGUUUGUGAUGGGAAUCGCAGUGAGCGUUCUCACGUAUCCGUUCAUGCUGGUGGCUGAUCUCAUGGCGGUCAACAACUGUGGUGUGGCUGCCGGUCUCCCUCCUCACUCCCCCAUCUUCAAGUCCUGGCUUCACUGCUGGAAUCACCUGAGCCAGAAGGGUCACCUCUUCAGAGGAUCCAGCUUCUUUUUCCGCAGGGUUCCUGUGAGCGCCCUGCCACCCAUCGAGGACUGACAUCUUCAUCCUCAUCAUCACCUGCCGGGAUGUUGAUCCUCCUCCUCCUGCUCACAAACUUCUUCCAAAGACUCGGCCUGCAGACGCAGCUCGUGAGGUGCCAACAAAUCUUUUCAGUUCCUUGAGCUUUAUUUGAGUUCAGUGACAGAGACGUGUCUCUUCUCUGCACGCUGGAUUUAUUCAACAGUCCGCAUCAAAGUGUCGACCAAAUGCUGUGAGGCUGCUGAGGAUUAUGGGUAAUGCAGUUUAAAAUACGGUGUGAGGAGAAAUCUGAUCUCCAAGCUGGAAGGUCUCUCACUGAUGGCCAUAACUCUUCCUGAAGUCUUAUUUAUUUGUCUGUCUUUGUGUGAAACAUGUUAAAUUAUAUAACGAUAAAUAUAAUUAUUAUAAAUCUCUGAUUCUAAGCAACGCCAAUUCACUUGUUUUAAAAACAUGUUGAUGCUUAUUGGCAAACCAGGUCGCCAUAGAAAUGUUUUAAUGUGCUUUUAUUUGAAACAUCUCAAGAGACCCCUCACGCUAACCUCUUUUAAAUGAGAUGUAGACUUGAGCUUAAAGGUAAUUCUUUACCUAAAGAAAAGUCAGCGCACACUUGAUUAUAAAGUUUGUCGCUUGAUUUUCAUUUCUUAAAUAAUGAAGAAAGGUAUAAAUGAGUGUGACUGCCUGAAGUGUUUAAAAACACACAAAACAGACAAACGGAGAAGUGAAGGAGUCAGAGUUUACAUAUCCCGUUUCUCUACGGGAACACGUCUGGUUUAAUCACGAUAUAUUCAAAUCACCUGAACUGAACGUCUGCUCACCUGGUUUUUAUACACAGUGGAUGUCUUUGGUUUGGCAAAGCAGUUACUUAAUUAAUCAACAUGUUUCAUUUUAAAGAUCUUUCCCUUUAACUGAGUUAAGCUUUAAGGUCAGUGUAAGUUGUAAAUCCUUUUCUAGAAGCUGUAGCCUACGUCAGAGGUCCGUGUAGCCCUGAUCUGAAGCCUGUUGACCCUACGCAGCAGUGGUCGACGCGGACGUGAGCUCUACAUACUUGUGCAUCGAUGUGUCCAUGUCGCGCUGCACUAAUCUGCUGGAACACUAGAGGGCAGUGUGGUUUCUUUGAUAGCCACGUUGCCUCUUUCCUGUCCCGCUAUGUUUUCUGCUUUUUCACAGCAAUUCAGAGCGUGUUAUGUUAAUUUACAGCUGAUACAUGUUUCUGUUUAUCAUACAGACAUGAUUACAUGAAGAAUAGAGAAGACAUGUUGGAGGUGAUGAAAUAUACGGCCGAUAUACGGGGAUUCUGUAAAUGAUUCAAAUGAAGGAAAUACAAUGCCGUCCAGCAGACCAAUCACAGAGCUUACGGUCUGCAUUAUUUUGACUCAUAGUUACAUUUUAAAGGAGGUGCAUGUCAGGCUACGGGGGUAGGCUUCUGCUUCGGAAAAGCUACACAGACCUACGGCGUAGUCUACAGCGUAGGCUAUGACUUAGGCUACGGCAUCAAUUCAGUGCAUAAGUAUUAACCAGGCUUAACACAGAAGCCUACACAUGCAGUCUGACAUGCACCUCCUCCAAAAUACUACGACACGUCAAAACAUGGAUCACAAGCCCUGUGAUUGGUUUGCUGGACGGCAUCGUAUUUCCUGUGCUUACAACAUUUAGUCAGACACAGUACAUCGACUGUAUUUUCCAUCUCCUCCGAUCUCUCCUCUCUUUUCUUCUUUGUAAUAAUUGCUGUUUGAUCAAUGACAGCAUUUAUCAGCUAAUUAACAUAAUGCUUGGAGUCGCCAUGGUUCCCUGAGGAAAAGCAAGAAAUCAUAACAGGAACAGGAAUAGGUGAUUUGACAAACAUAGAAAUCACGCUGUCUACAAAUGCUUAGGAGGAGUAUUGAACAGUGACGUUGCCACUGUUGCCCAGAGUCAAUGCAGUAUAAACAAAGCUGAAGUCUGCUCAGUUCAAUGCAGGAAGAUAACUCACCUUUGCUGCGAUUUGUAGUAAAAAAUAAUAAAUACAAAGGAAAACAAGACUUGAGCUUUAUUGUGAAGUUUGUCACCUGACUUUGAUUUCAAGACAGAUGUUAUUGGAUGGGAUCUGCUUUUUAAAGAGUUAAAAACUUAAACCAAAUAAAUAAUCAAACACUAUAGUUAAAGUUCCUGUAAGGAACUUUUACUAGGUGUUGAAGUUGGCGCCCCCCUGUGGACAAGCUGUAUGUCUUAUUGUUGCUGCUGAGUUUUGUCCUGCACAAACAAACAAAGCCUCAUCCUGCUUUCUUCAAAGAGUCAAACCUGUGACUCUGAGGUGUUUAGAUUUCAGGAAAUGUUAAAGAAAGGCAGUUUAACUAGCUUACUGUAAAUCAACUUGUCUGACAUCACGGCAUGAGAAAUAGAAUUGAACAGAAAUUUAUAUCAACAAUAAAUCUGUAUCCUGAUGGGUGCGGGUUCUUUUAGGUCAUAAGAAGCGUCUGUAUUAUUUUUAGUCUGUCUCAAAACUGGCAAUAAACUCUGAUUAAUUCUUGAAGAUAACUCAUUUCAAUGUCAAAUAUUCUGCUGUGGAAAAACACUUGAGCUAACGCCGGCUACCUGAGCCUCCUCUCAGACCCUGUCACCCACACAACCCACUCUCCUCCGGUUAUAUCGUUGAUACGACGCCUCUGCUGUCAGGAUCUGUGACGUCUAACACUCACUGCGUCUUAAGAACCAUAUCUGUGUUCCUCCUCAUGGAAACUGUGUGUGAGCUUUUACUGAGACUAACAGAACAUAUUUUGAAGUUGAAAGAAACUGAUGAAAAUAAAAUAGGCGAAUAUGUAAUAUAUAUAAUAUAUAAAAGAAAUGCAUGGAGAAUCCCAUGGAUACGUUUAGUCUUUCUGAAAUAUGUAACAAGAUCUUCAAUAAGUGAGUGUACACAGUAGUGUUAGUCCUGAAGUUUAAUUUUUUACCCCACACUUUGUAUUAAUUUUCCACGUUUUUAAAAUAUGUUUUUUAUUCCUUCAUAAGCGGUCUGUGUUGCGUUUAAAUGUCUCCUCAUGAGGGGUUAAAAGCCAUACAUGUGCACAUGUUGCUGGAUGAUGUGUCCGUUGCCUGUUUUAAAGGCCUUUUAAUUGAUACAUUAUGUUAUGAUGUUCAUGUUUUGACUCCGUUGAGGUCCAAACUGUCCGGCUGUCUUUUGUUUUUUUAUUCAUGAAACUGUGCUGUGUUGGUUUCUCUCUCUCUCUGGGUUUGGAUGGCAAUAAAAAUCUUUGCUACUC